AUGUCACACAUUCAAUCGACAAUCAAUGACAUCAUCAAUGAGAUCAAGGACAUUAAUCGAAUCAAUCAUACCAUCAACAACAAUAUCGAGUUGGUACCUUAUAACAACAACAACAACAACAACAACAAUAACAAUGGCAAUGAUAAUGGUUCAACAGAGGACAUCACACAAUUGAUUCAAUCAAUCUCAUCAUGCUCAUCGAUCGCUGAGUUCACCAAGAAUGUUCUGAGUGUUUCUAGCGACAAAGACAACAACAACAACAACAACAAUGACACCAUUGACAAUAAUCCAUCGAUCAAUGAUUUUGAGUUGUUGUCAAUGCUCAGUCGCCAUUCCAAACAAAUGAAGGCACCUUAUGAUGGCCUGGAUUCAUUUCAUAUUAGCGUUGAUGUUGACCAGCUGAAUCGUAUCAAGAAGCAACUUGAGACAAGCUUUUGCGUCUACGAUGAGGAUCUAGAACACACUUAUUAUGGCCACAUCAUCGCAGUGGGUAUGGUUGGCAUCUCAUCAUUCUCACUGAGGACCCUCAAGUGGACACCAAUCGAGGGCAUAUCGGAGAAGCCACCAAGGAAUACCUAUCAAGCCACUGUCUAA